AGCCGUCUUGUGGUUUGUUCCGACUAUGUCUAGUGAUCUGCGUCGUUCUUAAUUUUUUCACUCUGGAGUAAUUCAAUGCCAACACGGAAAUUGCUUGAGCAGACCGAAUGGAUGCUUGCAAAGACUUUCCACGAGUAAACUUUCUUUGUUCCCACCAUGUGUACCAGCACACAACAAUAACAAGAUCACACCGUUGAACACCUGCCAGGGUACGCUAUUUGUAUCUAGUAGCGGCCUUUCUAGGGGCCCGAUCCCGUCGACCACCGCAAAGCAAGCUUCGUCAGUGGUUUCGUCGUUCCCAGGAACGUCCAGAUCUCUUUUACCCUUGGGCAUGUGAGGAACAUAUGGUUUAUACUUUCACAUCAAUGGAGCAUAUAGGGCAUUGACUCCGGCUCUGAAUAUGGCGCUUUGCUAGAACGCCAUGACAUGGGUUCGAUUGCCACAUACAGUGAUUGGCGGCAAUGAAUUUUCACUUUUGCCGGCGUCUUCAAUUCCCAUAAUGCCUUCUAUACCGGAUUCUUCAUAGAUGAAUCAUAUCGGCGACAUUUCCUGGUGGGUCCACGGCAGUGCGACGUCAGGAUGCAUGCAACGAGUACCCGCAGCUUGUUUACCCGGUGGAUUUUACCUGCUAAAAGUUAUGUGUUUGGUAAAGAAAAAUACCCACGGGUAUAUAUGUAAUUGGUAAAAGAAAAACCCGAAUUCUUAAAAGUGCAGCUGCGCUCUUUGACGAACCCGAGCGCACGCGCUGCAGCCAUCCAUUGGCUCGCGGCCCGCAUGAUCAUCAUUCGGAUUUAGAAAACUGUCCACCCAUCCAUUCUAUAUAUGGAAAGAUUCUCUACAACAGUAGGUUGAUUUUUCGUCACCUGGUCCGACCAACCAUGUGAACUCAACAAUGAUGUAGCAUGCAUUAAUUUCGGUAUGAGAGCACGUGUCGGAAUUAUGAUCAGUUUUCACUGUUGGGUUCCUCAUGACGAACUCUUUAAAAUUAUAUCUCAUAUGAAUAUGUUUUGAAGGUUUUUUUGAAAAGCAACUUUGAUGCUAGAUGAGGCAACUUUAGUGCUAAACCGGAGCAACUUUGAUGCUAGAUGAAUUGCAUUGUGUGUAUUAGUGAAUUCACCUAAUAACAUACUAAUAGUUGUGUGCAGUAGUCUAAUAGUAGAUGGUUACCAAGGUUGCUAAGUUGCAGACAUCGGAGACUAAUUUGUAGAUAGUUUAGUUGUCAACGAUACUGUGAAAGUUGUUUACCGUAGAGUGAAAAGUUGUCUAACAUAGUUUCUAUGUUGUCUCCCUCAAAAACCAAGUUGCCUAUAUUGCUACGAAGUUGCCUACGGGUGAUCCCCAAUUGACUAAAAUACUAAGGAAGUUGUCAAUCAAGGGACAUAAGUUGCCUACAAUGUCGAAAGUUUUUUAUGGGAUGUCUAUCAUGAUUCCACAUUUCGAAACUAUGUGCGGAUGGAUGGUAUGAGAGCCUUUUCCUUUCCUUUUCCAGGGUAGUUUGCCCGCCUACGCUACUGAGCACGCAGGUGUUGGCUAGCCAGGUCAUGGGUGUUGACUAAUUGUAAAAGGCGGGAUAGAUGAGAAGUUGCAUAGGGGUGAUGAGAAAUUUCAUAGGGGACGGAUCAGACAGUUGCCUGCAAAUUUACACAAGUUGUUCAUAAUUUUGGCACGGGUUGCCCGCAAAAAUCAUUGAAAUCUCCCGAUAUAAUGAUGAAAAACAUAUAUGAGUUGCUUGAUGAAUGCACUGGAGUUGCACAAAAACAUACUAAAAGUUGUCUGCAUGACUAGUGAGUAGCCUACAUUAUUCUAAGUUGCAUACAAUACUUUUUCAGUGUGGUAAGCAACUUCGUUUCAUAUAUAGGCAACUUAGCAACAUCCACGGACAACUUUUCAAUAUAUUAUAGGCAACUGAAAUAGAAAUGGCAGUCAACUGAGCAUCACUAACAUGCAACUUCAUAAUGUUUUUAGGCAACUUAGAAAAAACAAUUAUAAGCAUCUUCCUAAUAUUGUAGGCAACUAAUUUGCGAAGUUAGAGAACUGAGCAGUAAUGGUAGGUAACUAUUUACCAAUAGCAGGUAAACUAGGCAUCAAUAAUAGGCCAAUUUCAUAGUAUUGUAUGUAACUGGGCAUCAAUAAUAGGUAACUGAACAUCCAUGGUAAGCAACUGAGCAACCAUGGCAGGCAAGUUGUGAUAAUAUUUAGCAAAAUUCGUUGAUACACAUGGUGUAGUGAAGUUGCUUAUUUUUAGCAUUAAAGGUGUCUCAUGUUUUAUGUGAUUUUCUCAUUUUUACACAAACCAAUCUAAUAAGCAGUCCUACUAGGCAAAAAAUGAAGUUGCUUUCCUAUAGCACUAAAGUUGCCUUCAUUAGAUCCAAAGUUGCCUCGAAAAAAAGUUCGACGAAACCUAUCGAUAUGAGAUCUAGUUUUGAAGAACUCGUCGCGAGAAACCCAAUUGUGAAAAUGAAAUUGAAUUUCGACGCUUAAAUCAAAAGUUACAGUUUUUUUUAAAUUAACCCCAAAUAAAUGCACGUGGAGACAAGAUUCUUUUUUGAUGGACCGGGUCAAAGGUGCGUCGGCUGCUCCUUCCAUAUUUGAAAGAGCGCUCAAUCCCACCAACCAGCGCUCGGGCGCCUGCUAGUCAGGUCCAAAGAAAAAUUACCCGCCACCGGAUAUUUCUACUGGUAACGGUUUAUGGUGCAAGGGGUGGGUACGGGUUUGGUAAUGACAAACCAAUACCCGACCCGGCCGGUUGCGAUCCCUAACGAGAAUAUUGCAUUAGCUCUCGCAGAUACCUCGAAGGUUUUAUUUUGCAUCACCGAAAGAAAAAUGUCCGUAAGAUGCUAAUGUGAACGGCGGAGACCAAAGACUUUGAUCUUCAUGACUGUAACUAAUAUUUUUGUCCAACACCUCGUUUGUGGCCAAAGCAAGCGGCAAUGUGGCAACGCGGCGCCAACCUAUAUUCAACAAACAUACAAGUAUAAAUAGGUUACCCCUAAAGCCCACCAAACAUACAGUACAAAAUACAACCCUUCGGAAAAAAAAAACAUACAAGAUGCAAACAGGUCUUGAUCAGCGGUUGGCGCUCUGAAUCAGCUCAACAUAUAUGCUCGCCUAGAGGGAGCUGAUCGGUGCGGAAAGUUGUUGACCAGCCUAUAACAAAAUGCCGCGGCUCCUCCUGCUUCUCUUCCUUUGCGUCUCGGUGUUGGCCGCUGCACCUGCACAGGCCUAUCAAGACAAGUGCGACAUCAAAGCCGCCGUUGGCAACGAUUCAGACACCGGCAAAAAUGAGGCGCCCGGGAUCGACGAUCUGUUCUAUGUUAUGGACAUCGACAUCGAGCUCGAGCAGGCCACCGGCUUGGAAUUGGGUUUGUCUCAGGGUGAUGCUAUCGAAAUGGACCAACCUAUUCCUAGUACCAGCGCCGCCUUCCAAUCACCGGAUUUGAUCAACUGCCGGGCGAUCAACUGGACGAUUGAGGAGCGCCGUCGUGCUUGCCUGGCCCGCAUUGUCAGUCAUGUUUACUCCAGGGAGAAGAAAGCUAUCCCCCUAAGUCCCGACACAGGCUUCCGCCUCCACGGGGAGCCGCUCGAGGACGGCGACUACGUCUAUGCUGCCAUCUACGAGUACGUGGGCCAAGGCCGUGAGGACAAGUCCGCUCCGCACUUGAUCGUCGCCUUCCGAGGCACCGACCUGUGCUGGAAACGGAGGGCGGCGAGGGACGUCUGGUUCAACUGCCUAAUCACUUAG